AUGUCUCCACACAGCAUCAAUCCCGAGCAAAACGGAAUUGACUCUGAUGACCUGGGUGUGCCCCAUGAUAUAAUUGAAGACUUCGACGAGUUGAAUUUGGAAAAUUCUGACAUGGAUGACGACAUACACGAUUUUGUCACUCGGUUACCUCAAUUCCAAGCUGCCUUAGACAGACUUACCAAUGAUGACGACCGUCAACUCUUCACCGAUAUAAUUGCAGACCUCGACGAGUUGCGUUUGGAUAGGGCAGCUGCAAAUGAUGGCGUACUCGGUAAAUGUAUCACGAUCAGCGACUUUAUCGAGCAAGAGGAAACUUCAGACGGACUCCCCGGACACGACGCUGCCGAAUUGAACAGAUUGAGCCAAGAAUUGCAGAGACUCGAUGAGGACUACGAACAGGAAUUGCAAAUUAUUGAUGCUCAGGUUGACAAAACAUUAAUUACAUCAAACUUUGAAGAGUAUGGACGACUUUGCCUCGAAGCCAACAAUCAGCGUAGACAGUUGCGUCUCUCUAUCAAUGAGAGAGUUGAUGACCUUCUUAAUGGGCUGGAGGGGGUUCUGCAGGAGGUUAUCGAUGAUGUCAAAGAAGCUAUGCUCGAAACGACUAGGGCAGGGGAUUCCUACGAAGGGGAUAUUAUCCGGGACCUUCAAAGAACCUUUGCCGGCUACGUCGGUGCCCUGCCAGGCGUUAUUCGGGAAGCGGUGAUGUUUUAUUGUGAGUGCAUGGCUGGUGUCGAACCUCGUGGCACUUCGUCAUCGCCUAUCGAGUUGUAG